AUGGUUUUCACUCCUACUCUCCGCCGCGCUGCGGCCCAGGCCACCAGCUCUGCCUUUGCUCCCAAGAUUGCCAUCCCCCGCCGUGUUGCUGGCUUCGACCUGACCAGCGCCAUCAAGGCUGGUACUCUUGCCGGUUCUUUCGGUGUCUUCGCCGGUACCGCUGCCCUCUUCAUGCUCGGCGAGGUUCCCCGUGUUCGCCGUGAUAUCCUCCAGCAGUUCCCCUUCCUGGACACCUACUUCGACCGCACCAUUGCCCCUGAGGACAACCCCUUCUAA